UCGGUAACAUUAAGGUCACAUUAUUAGCACUAUGUAUUAGCUGGCGUAUUUAUAAUUUCUUGUCGAUGUAAACGUUAUUAUAUAUAACAGAUAAUACAAAAGCUAAUGGAUUCCAAAUUAGAUAUGUUUGAGGACGUCAACACGUCGCCUUCUUUAGAGGGCGAUAUGUCGAUUCCGGGCAAAAGAACCACAACUGCAACGUCUGCGAGCGGUGUUCCGGAUUACAAUACUCUGGACGAGCCCAUCCGGGAGACAGUGCUUCGAGACAUUCGCGCUGUCGGCGUCAAGUUCUACCAUGUGCUCUAUCCCAAGGAGAAGUCUAGUCUACUCCGCGAUUGGGACCUGUGGGGACCUCUUGUGCUGUGCACCUUUAUGGCCACCAUCUUACAGGGCUCCUCAUCCGUCGACAGCAUGUCCGACAACGGACCCGAGUUCGCCCAAGUCUUUGUUAUCGUCUGGAUCGGAGCGGCAAUAGUCACACUUAACUCCAAGUUGCUGGGUGGCAAUAUCUCAUUCUUCCAAUCCGUAUGCGUGCUUGGCUACUGCCUUACGCCGGUGGCCAUUUCGCUAAUUGUGUGUCGGGUAAUCCUUUUGGCCGCACAGACAAGCCUACUCUUUUUUCUCCGCUUUGUGACCACCACUAUAGGUUUUGCCUGGGCCACCUAUGCUUCCUUCGUAUUUCUUGGUCAGAGCCAGCCACCCCAUCGCAAAGCCUUGGCCGUGUACCCCAUCUUUCUGUUCUUCUUCAUCAUCUCGUGGCUGGUCUUGUCCCACAAUUAGCUCAUUUCGUGAAGCUUGGCUUAGUGAUUAGUUCGUAAAAAAAAACAGUGCACGUUCCAUAUCGUAACCAAAAAAAAAUCGAAAAUCAAUUGUACAUUUAUUUAAGCUA